AUGUCGAACAACGCCGUCGGUGUGGUCUACGAACAGAUCAUCAACGAGGUCAUCAGCUCCUCGCGCGUCGAUUUCGAGGAGGGCGGGGUCGACGAAAGCGUCCUCGAGGAAUUGAAGAAGGGAUGGCAGGAAAAACUUUCUCAACUCGAGGUCGCCAGCUUUUCUUGGGACCCGAAGGAAGCGCCAGCUCCGGUUGCACCGCCCCCGACAACUGCAGCACCGCCGCCUGCGGCUCCAUACUCCCAGGCUCAGCUGAGUCCUCAGAUUCCGGGACCUGGCUUAUCUCUACCUGGUGCCCCCCUUGCCGAUCAUGCUAGAAAUGCGCCAGUUAAGGAGGAACCUUACAUCAAGCAAGAGCCCGGCGUGCAGAACGUCUCUAUGCCCCCGGCUCAACAGGAGGGAGCUGGGAUUGCUGCUUACCGUGCAGCUCAACAUGUCCGAGGUCAAUUCGGUGAGAAAGGCGCCGGCUCCAUCAAUGCCAUUCAAGCCUCAGCGACCAGCAGGCCUGCUGGCCAGCCUGCGCUUCCCCAGAUGCCUAGCCAGCCUGCGCCACAGCAGCAGCAGUACCGGCCAGGCGCGCCCCAGCAAGGUCAGCCGCAACAACAACAACAACAACAACAACAACAGCGUCCCCCUAGCAACGGUCAGCCAGGUGUGAACCCUUCGCAGACCGACGGAACCGGUGACGAAUUCGACUUCGAGGGUGUUCUGCUCCAGCGCGAUGCUGACGGCAACCAACGCGAGCUUGGGCGUGUCGACAUUGACCGUAUGAUCCACGCGCGAAUUGCUGCGAACGCCAAGAGCAUGGAGGGUGGUGGACUAAUGCUCCCUCUCAAGGAGGCUACCAGACAUAAGUCCGCCGCCUUGCGCUCCAAGGGAAAGGAGCACGGUAUUGCUUCUUACGACGGCUACGAUGAUGAUGAAGUUGACGAAGAUGCGAUCAAUUCGGACCUUGACGAUCCCGAUGAAGACAAGGACGAGGACGAAGUCGACGACGAGGGUCUUGGCCACAUCAUGCUCUGCAUGUACGACAAGGUUCAGCGUGUGAAGAACAAGUGGAAGUGUAUCCUGAAGGAUGGCGUCCUUACCGUCAACGGCAAGGAGUACGUCUUCCACAAAGCCACUGGCGAGUACGAGUGGUAA